UUCGAUUGGCUUCCGCAGCGAAACCAACAUACAGCCCCAACCUCCACCUCCACCUCCACCUCCACAAAACAUCAAAAUCUCCUCCUUCAGUUUCGGAGUUGCGGGCAAUUUAGGGUUAGGGUUUUCUGCUGUUUCUGGGGUCCAAAGGAGGAGUCUUUAUCCGGUAAUCUUCAUCACUAAUUAAGAUGCCAAUGUUGACUGGUGCAAGUGCAAUCGUGAACUCGCCUCCAUUGCCAGCAGGUCAGUGCCGUGGACAAUUUAAGCUUUCUAGCUGUGGACCGAAAAAAGUACAUGUUGAUGGAAAAAUGGUGCAUCUUAAGAUAGGAGCGGUGGGGCUUGGUGCACAGUUUCCACUCGAGAGAAGAAAUCCAGUCACGGUUUCAAAUCGAAGGCAGUCUGCUUCUGUGAUAUGUGCUAGUGCCUUGAAUGCCAGAUGUGGUGCAGAGCAAACGCAGACUGUUACACGUGAGGCUCCAACAAUUACACAUCUCCCUGGCAAGGAGAAGUCCCCACUGCUUGAUGAUGGUGGGAGUGGCUUCCCUCCUCGUGACGAUGGUGAUGGCGGUGGCGGUGGAGGUGGCGGUGGAGGCAACUUUUCCGGAGGCUUUGCCUUUUUCGGCUUUCUUCUUUUCCUAAGCUUCUUAAAGGAUAAAGAAAGUGAGGGUUCCUAUCGAGAGAAUAGGAGAAGGUGAUGGAAUUUGAGAGGAUGUAUUAUGGAGAUUUUGCAUUGUAUUUUUCUGUGCCAAUGAAUAAUAAUUGACUUUUAUUCUUGAUAAACCAAAUGGUUUUCAAAUGAAUGCUAAUUCGAGUAUUUUUGCA